AUGUUGCUGCUCUCGGCACUCGUCUCUUGCCUACCCUUGGCCCUGGCGGCCGAGAUCUACGUCGCGCCUACGGGCAGCCCGACGCCGGACGGCACGCGAUCCAAGCCGUUCGGCGACAUCCAGGUGGCCGUCAACAUGUCCCGUCCCGGCGACGUGAUCCUCCUGCGCGGCGGGACGUACGACCUCCUGAAGAACAUCAACAUCACGGUCAACGGCACGGCGCAGGCGCCCAUCACCCUGCGCGCCGUCAAUGACGAGGAGGUCAUCAUCGACGGCGAGGGCCUCCCCGACACCCCGGCCCCGCUCGGCGCCUCGGUGACGAGUAGGAACCGCGGCGUGCUCCACGUCUCGCGGGCCCAGUACUGGAACUUUGCCCGGCUCACCUUCACCCACGGCGCGUACGGCGUCUACGUCCGGGACUCGAGCAACCUGCGCUUCAACCAGAUCGUCACGCGCGACAACUACGAGAGCGGCUUCCACAUGCAGGGCGAGCUCUCCAACAACGUCAUCUCGUACCUCGACUCGUACGGCAACCGCGACCCCAGGAACAACGGCGAGAACGCCGACGGUCUCGCCAUCAAGGAGGGCAAGGGCGAGGGCAACAUCGUCGUCGGCAGCCGGUUCUGGGACAACUCUGACGACGGUGUGGACUUUUGGGAGUUCCACUCCAAGCUGACCAUCAAGGACAGCAUUGCUUGGGGUAACGGCUUCAACCGCUGGGACAUCCCCGACUUCACGGGCAACGGCAACGGGUUCAAGCUCGGCGGCGGCAGCGCGGGCGACAUCCUCCCGGCGGCGCGCGACGUGAUCAACUGCAUCGCGUUCGGCAACAAGGCCAACGGGUUCACGGACAACUCGCAGACGGGGGCGUUCGCCAUCGAGGACAACACGUCGUGGAUGAACGGGCGCGUCGGGUUCCGCAGCGUCAACGCGACGGGCGUGCUCAAGCGCAACGUCGCCGCCGUCAACAACCCGGCGGCGCUGGCCAACGCCACCUUCGGCGGCCAGGUGACGCUGCGGGACGCGCAGACGUCGGUCGGCAACUCGUGGGACGUCGCCGGGGCCGCGCUGCUCACCAACGCCAGCUUCAAGAGCGUCGACAUCGGCCUCGUCACGGGGCCCCGCGGCAAGAACGGAAAGAUCACGCCCAGCGACUUUUUGGUUCUCGUCGACGGUGCCAAGCGGGGUGCGACCACGAACUGGAAGUGA